CUGGGCCUGAAAGCUGUUCACGCUGAUGACGUCACUUGUAGAGUUGUCAUGGCGUCUUUGGGACUGAAGCUACCGCUACAAUCUAGCUAAAAACUGUCGACAGCCUGUAUAUCGAAAUGGAGAAAAAUGCGAGCCUGCAUCGAGACACCGACGGGAGCUCUUUGUGUGCCACUAUUGCGGAACAAAUGGGCGACGUUACAACAGUAGGUGGAGUGAAGGGAACAGCCGACAAAUACAAGAACAGCGAGGCUCCUCUUACUUUGGUUGACGUUAGUUGUGAUACCAGCACCACACAUGUUGGUGCACUAAACGCCGUUAGCGAUGGUUCCAGUUGUGGGAAACCCGACGUGCCAGAAAUGACCGAUGUCCUUCCUGUGCGGGAGGACCAGAGGAAAACCAGCAGCACGACCGGACCGUGCUCGGGAUCUGUGGAUCUGCUCAGCAAUGGGAUGGGGUUUGAGUCUGUGCUGGCAGAGGACAACCAGGGUGGUGCCUCAAAGUUGGAAAGCGACAAAACAAACGAAGAGGACUGCAAUUUGCCAGCUGAGCCCCCAAGUUGUAGAGAAAGCGAACCAACCAAAGUUGCCAAACCUACUCAGUUGUGUCCGGACAAUGCAACCACGGCGGGCGUGAAGUUGGGGGGGUCUAGCACCUUAUCUGAAGCAUUGCCUGGUGGGAGUGACCCUGAACACAGCCUCGGUGGAGAGUCGCGAAGCAUAGAAUCACUCGAGUCCUUCUCCAACCUCAACUCGUGCCCCAGCUCGGACCUGAACAGCGAGGGGCUGGAGGAGCGGGGGCUCGCGCUGGCCUUGCAGAACGAUUACGGAGCUGAUGGGACAAAGACUUCCUGUGGAAAAGACCGAGCGGCGGGCCAGUCCAUAUAUCACAUUAAAUGGAUCAAGUGGCGGGAGGAGAACACGCCGGUCAUCACGCAGAACGAGAAUGGCCCCUGUCCAUUACUGGCAAUCAUGAACGUCCUCAUGCUUGCAGGGAAGGUUAAGAUGCCUCCCAUGAUGGAAAUCAUUACUGCGGAGCAGCUAAUGGAGUAUCUUGGUGACUACAUUCUGGAGACCAAACCUAAAGAGAUAUCAGAGGCACAGAGGCUAAACUAUGAGCAGAACAUGAGUGACGCCAUGGCAGUGCUGCAUAAGCUGCAGACGGGUCUGGAUGUCAAUGUGAAGUUCACGGGCGUGCGGGUCUUUGAGUACACCCCUGAAUGCAUCGUCUUUGAUCUGCUUGACAUCCCUCUUUACCACGGGUGGCUGGUUGACCCUCAGAUGCAGGACAUUGUUAAAGCGGUGGGCAACUGCAGCUACAACCAGCUGGUAGAGAAGAUAAUAUCCUGCAAACAGUCGGACAACAGUGAGCUGGCAGGAGAAGGCAUUGUAGCUGAGCAGUUCCUGAGCAGCACAGCCACCCAGCUGACGUACCACGGCUUGUGUGAACUCACAUCCACUGUCCAGGAGGGAGAGCUCUGCGUGUUUUUCAGGAAUAACCACUUCAGCACUAUGAUCAAACACAAGGGCCAGCUGUACCUUCUGGUUACAGACCAGGGGUUCCUGACAGAAGAGAAGGUUGUUUGGGAGAGUUUGCACAACGUCGAUGGAGAUGGGAACUUCUGUGAUUCUGAGUUCCGGUUACGGCCUCCCUCCGAUCCAGAGACGGUAUACCACGGCCAGCAGGAUCAGAUAGAUCAGGACUAUCUGAUGGCACUGUCACUACAGCAGGAGCAGCAAAGCCAGGACCUGCAGUGGGAGCAGCUCCCUGAAGCCAUCAGCGACCUCGAACUGGCAAAAAAGCUACAAGAAGAGGAAGACCGACGAGCCUCACAGUUCUAUCAGGAGCAGGAACAGGAGCAGGCGGCAGCUGCUGGACAUGCACAGCAGGGCCAACAGGAGCCUCUGGAGGGAGGUGGCACGCCGAGAGGAAGUGCGGGAGCAGCUGGAGCAGCAGUCGGUGGAGCAAAUGCAGCAGCAGCAGCUGGAAACACGUCCAGCCCGGGAAAACAGUCGACAAGCGGGGAGCGUAAAGCCAAGAAGGAGUCAAAAGACAAAGACAAGUGUGUUAUUUUGUAACGUACAGCGCGCGCUUGUGUUUUGUCGCUCAUCUGUGUGAAAGGAGACAGCAGCUGCGUUCUCCGCGGACUGCACACAGCCGCCACUCAAUCGCAAAAAGGAGGUGAUUGAGGAGAAAGGUGACCACCAGGAUUGGCUUCUUUUCUCCCCCUCCAAACCACCGGUGCCUGCCAUCCUUUUUCCUCAGCGGGAAACGGGACAUCAGAGGAGAGGACACUGCAUAAACAACAACAACAACAACAACUACUACCCCUGAUCUUUCAUAGAGUAGGCCAAACUUUGUUACAACUCGCACAGUGCACUAUAUUUGUGAGUGGGGUCAAAUUUCUCUGGGGUGCUUUGUUUUAUAGCAAAGGAGGAGAUAGUUCUUUUUCAACAAAAAAAAAUGGAAAAAAUACAAUAAUUGAAGUUUUCAUCGUCGCAGCUUAUAAGCUCCUGCAUAUGCACCAACAUUUAAAGGGUUAGAAAGAUCCGUGUAGUUCUCAGUUCUGCCAAGACUCAUGUUUAUUUAUCACACGUAGCUUUAUGAAGAUUAUUUUUAUUUUUUAUUUGGAGAACGGAUUAUUUUAUAAAUAUCUUGUCUGUUGGAAAUCGGUCAAAAACACCACACAUCUCCGUCUCUAGAACACUACAGUUAAUGCAAGAUGGCUGCCACACACUGCAGCUGUGACAAACUGAGCUAAUCACAGCUAGCCCUGUUCAGAUUUGCCUUACCGAUGUAUAGCAGUAUUGUAUAAUGCUCUGUCUGAAUGUGAACGCGUGCUAGUUUUCAUGUGUGGUGUGAAGUAUGCUGGAUGUGACGGUGUACGUGGCUCAUUUAUUGUGCAUUCUAGGUGCAACAAGUUUCAGUUUGGAAAUAGCCAAAUGCUUUGUGCUAUAUAAGUUCAGCUUCACAGACAUUUGAUGUCUUUUUAUUUUUGUGGAUCCAUCUCUCAAUUUUUUAUUUUUUGUGAAACAUAAGCUUUUUGCGGGUUGCAUUUUUUUUUCUUUAAGUGUUAAUGAUAACUCAAAAGGCCCUUGUCGUUCGCUCAGCCUCCUCUGGAGCUCCUGUGUUCUAUAAUUUCCUCCACAAAAAGAAGUUGCAGAAUAAAUCUGCAACAGAAAGAUCUUGUGGGUCUUUGUCGAAUAGUAAGAACCUUCAUUGUGAAGAGCAGUUGAUCUGAGAAAUCCUUUCAGGAGACGUUUUAUUGUUUGACUCCACCAAGAUCAUUGAAAUAUUAACUAGAAGCUGUUCUAUUAUUCAAAAAGACUCUUUAUAAUCAGGGUUCACUGCCGAGCUUUUUUUUUUUCCCUUUGUCACACAUCUGUGUGCUGAACGGCGGUGAUGAUGGGGUGUCAUCAGAGUUCAUGAUUCAGAAGGAAGCCACUGCUUUAGAGCAGAUAUGGAAAAGCAAAUUCACAAAUGUAGCCACGCAUAGUAUUAUUUAAGCUUGCCAAUUAAUAAGUUCUCAUUCUCUCGCAUCUUCAUCCAGAUAUUUAAGAUCCAGCGUCUCCACGUGAGUGUGUGGAAGUUCUUCUAAGCCUCACCUGAGAAAUGGAGCAGCAAAAAGUUAAUUUCCAAAUUCUGAGGCAACACUUUCAAGCUAGCGUUUCACUCCAGCACGGUGUACAUAUUGACGUCACGCCUUGUGUUUCUUUUCGUGCCAUUAUCGUACCAUGAGACUGCCUCUGGAGACACUUUCUGCACAUUCCAGCUGGAUGCCUUGACUCAUGCUCUAUAGACGACAUUCAGUGCUCAUAAAAGGGUUUUGCAUUAUUUUUGGUUAGUUGGAAUAACCAGUACAAAGACAGAAAAGAUUUCUCAUGGACUCGGUGAUAGCAGAGGGUCAGGCUUUGUGGAUUUGUCGCUUUAGCGUUUCUCUUCAUCCGGGCUAUUGUACAUUCAUUUCAGCAUGUUUUAUAUGGCAUAAGGAAACAGGCGUAUUUACAAACGGAGACAAUCCAUACAUUUUUCAACACUAGACUGACUCUCAGGCCUUUUGUAAAGGGACAGAUUCUUGUGUCUUUUCAGAUGCUUUUUAUUGGCACAGUUCCUUGGCCUGCAGUCCUUUUCGUAGUCAUAACUUUUGGAAAUAUAGAUAGAUAUAUAUAAAAACAAACUUUUACACUUUUAAAAAAAACCUAACGCUACAUUAUUGAAGACCCCGUGUUUUUUUUUGGGCAACUCACUAAAGAUACAUUGCCUCUCCUUGAUGUGUAGUAAUGAUCUUUCAGAGCAGCAUGAAGGAUUUUGGUAAUUAUAUGCACUUUUCAACUCCAUAGCAGUUUUUGAUACAGCUUCAAGAAAAAAAAGAACACUGUAUAUUGGUGGAGUUUUUUGUUAUUUUUGCCUCAUUAAAUAGACAUAUAUAAAACAUUCCAGUACAAGUUUAAUAAUGACAAUUUAGUUUGUAUAUCUUACGUUGUGUUUGUAGGGGCUUUUCAAUAGAGUUGUAGUGAUACCAUGACCCUUGUUUUUCCUGUUUUUAAAUGUAUGACUGCAUUGGUUCAAUGUUCUCUCACUAUUUGCCAGAUUUCUCCAGUUUUGUUUUGAUUUUUUUAAACCCGUUUGCUUCUCGCCCGACCCCCGUGAUGAAAUGAUCAGAAAGCUGUUGUGUGUUCUUGGUGUCUCAAAGUGGUUUCUUUGUAAAAGUGAUGGUCGGGUAAGUUCUGUGAAAACUAAAGUCUUUUGAUUGAGGCGGUUGUUGGAACAUGGAGGUUCUGUCAUUGGUUCUGCACUGUUACAUUGAUAUGCACUAACCGAGGAAAGAGACAUACCUCUUUUUCUACAGGACAUAAAUCAUGCGAGUCUAGACGCUAAAACUGCAAGAGGAUUUAAGGGAAAAAAGUCUCUCGUGUGUUGGUUGUAACUGCUUGUCAGCUGAAAGAACAAUAGUGGUUUAUUAAAGAAGGGAAGGCCUGUCUAAAUAUUUUGCUUUAAUUAAAUUAGUUUAUUGUGUUAAUUUAAUAGAACUUGCUGCAAUUUGUAAAAGUAUUCCUCUACCAGUUUAAAGAUUUAAAAAAAAAAAAGUCCAAAGUUGCAACAUAUGGAUGAAACGACUAGAUUUUUUGCAUUAUUUCAAGCUAAAAAGAAAAACAAAUUUGGUAGAAAAAGAUACAGUAGAGCUGCACUUCCAACCCCAGUUUUACUGUGUUUUCCCAAAAAAAUUCCAAACUCCUCAAAGAUGAAACAUAAAGCAGCUCCUGUUUUUGACUUGGAUAUACAAUAGCAGAGAAACACCGUCUUCAGACACAUCCAGGAAAGGCCGUCUUUUCUCCAAUGCAGAAUCAAACUCCUGGAUUUGACUUUGUGAAGUUGUGUCAGUGUGGAAUUGGAAAAUCUACAAAACGCCCUUCUUGUGUUUAUAGUUGACCUGAACAAUCAAAGGGAACGUGCUUGUGAAUAUGGAAGGUAAAUCAUUUUGUGUCAUCAUUGUUCAUCUAUUUACAUAAAUGACCAAAUAAUGUAUGUAGCCUUUCACAUUAUAGUCACAUAUUGUAUAUAGUUAAAUAUAUAUAUAUAUAUGUAUAAAACAAAAUGCCUUAUAGACGAGGGACAUUCAACCUGAUUAGAAGUUACCUGGAUAAUAAAAAACUAAAAUAAA